CAGUUUCUCUUCGCCUGCUUUGAGCCUGGCAGGCUGCGGGGGCGCUCCUGGGUCUGGCGUGAUUUCCGGUGUUGCGGCAGGGCGCAAGCCACUGUGAACCUUACCCGCAGCAGGUGGGAAACCGGAAGGAGUUCCUGAGCCGUGAACUGCAGCGGAAGUGGCGGAAGAAAGCUCUUAAGUGUCUGGAGCUGAGAGAUGCAACCCAAGGAAGGGAACUUUGCCUAGCUGAGAAGGUUAUGCUUAAUGUUGGUUCCAGGUCUCAUGUCAACACCAAGCCCUCAGCUUCUGGUGGCAGCUGCUCAGCAGACCCUGGGCAUGGGAAAGAGAUGGAGUCCACCCCGAUCUAUCUGCCUUCACCUAGCGGGAGAGGUGCUGGCUGUAGCCCGAGGUCUGAAGCCAGCUCUGCUCUAUGACCACAACUGUGCAGGGGUAUCAGAGCUCCAGCGGUAUCUGAAGGAGCUGCAGGAGCUGGGCUUUCUGACUCUGAGACUUCAUAUCCUUGAGAUUGGAGAAAAUAACCUGAUUGUCAGUCCUGGGCAUGUAUGUCAGCACUUGGAACAGGUGCUGCUUGGUGCAGUAGCCUUUAUAGAUGUUUCCAGCUCCCAGCCUCACCCUUCCAUCUGCUCCCUGGAUCAACUUCAGGACUUGAAGGUCUUCAUGGCUGAGAUGAUCGCACACUUACAGGGGCUGCAGAGAGACCUAUCUUUAGCAGUCUCCCACAGCAAACUCCAUUCCUCAGACUGGAAUCUCUGUACUGUAUUUGGGCUCCUCUUGGGCUAUCCAGUUUCUUAUACCUUUCAACUGAACCAGGGAGAUGACAACUGCUUAGCUUUGACUCCACUACGAGUGUUCACUGCCCGGAUUUCUUGGUUGCUAGGUCAACCUCCAGUCCUGCUCUAUUCCUUCAGUGUCCCAGAGAGCUUGUUUCCAGCACUGAGGAACAUUGUAGACAACUGGAAGAAGGACCUCAGAACCCGGUUUAGGAGUCAGAAUGACUUUACUGACCUCAGCAUCUCAUCUGAGAUAAUCACACUGCCAGCUGUGGCCCUCUAACUUCAACUCUCAUAGAGAAGAUCCCUCAGUCUCAGUGACUUCUGCUAGCAAUGCAAACAACAGACCAAUACAGGCCUACAAGGAGAAAGGACUUUUCUGUCAUCUGGUCAUAAUCACCAUCUCAAUUAGAUCAAGCAGAACGGCAAAGAUGUGGAAGUGAAGAAUUGGUUCCAACCUGCCUGUAGCACACCAUUAAAAUGUGGGGUAUGAGGUCCUCUCACUGGCUCCAGGUUACCCACAGCUUUGUAGUGGAGACAGAGUCCCUGAUUAUUGAAAAUCCCUGUACUUCUGGCUGUGAAGAGGAAAGGGCCAUGGAUGAGAAGAGAGGCCUGAGAUGAGGUUUCUUGGACUCCGCUUGGACCAUCUUCCUUAGUCCACUGAAACACAUGGCUACUCUGCUCUUUGCUUCCUUAGGGACAGACCCUGGGACUUAGCACCCGAGAGGAAAGUGCAGGAGAGAUGAGUCCUCAGGGAGGGAGCCUUCCCCAGGUCCGUAGGCCCCACACCUGGUGGGAUUGGGUGUAGGGUAGAUGAGUGAGUAGUACUCAGAUGUCCCAGUUGUCUCAACCAUACUGACUUGCUUAAAAACAAGAAACCAUGUGGAUCGACUGAUUGACAGGAUUAGGCUGUAAAAGAAAAGGAACUUGUCCUUGUAGGGUUCAAAGAAAGGCCACUAGGCCACUGCUAGGGAUUCUGGCAUCUCUGGGCUCCCCUUGGCAACAUGACAGGGACUAGUUGGAACUUGGAGGAAGAGGUGGUGCUAGCAGAGCUACAGGGAGAGACCAGGGUGUUGCCUCUUACCUGAUGGUGCCUUGUCAACUGCCUUUCCAAGUCUCUGCUUCUACUUCCUGGCCAUGUGCACGACAAAGAAGAUGACCGGCUCCCUGCAUGGGCCUGGCCUGCCUAGAGCAAAGCUCUCAGAGUGAGCUAAGGGGGAGCUGGACCCAAGCUGAGCUACUGGAAAGGCAGCUGUAUGUAUGGGAUCCCUGCCUUGAAGGGGACUGUAAAAGGCUAUUUAAUUCACUGGUAGCCUAAAUUCUAAGUCGCUUGACUUACUCUCUAUUCUGAUCUAGUGAAAUGGAUAGAGCAAAAGGAGCAAUGAGGAUUGUACCCCUGUGCUAUAGCUAGUGGCUCUGAAAACCGACACAAGAUGCUUGCUUGGUUACUCAGUUCCCAAUACUGUUAAAUGAGUGGCCUGCCCUGUGCCUUCCUGUUCACACAGGGAUUUGGAUGACAGUGCAUCUUCUGCCCUACCCCAAAGUCAGAGGUCCCAAACCUGGAUACCCAACUGUCCUC